UUUCCUCAGGACUGAUAUCACAAUCGAGGCGCAUUGGAUCUGUUGCGCGCUAGAUCUUUUGCCUUCUUCUCUCUGGAGACCUGUCUGUGGACAACUUGCAACAUGCACAAAUGCCCGCUAAUUUCUCUUAUGCGCGCGACUUUCAUUCUUUUAUAUAUCACCUUAUACGCUGCUGCUCCUCGGCAUUGUGGGACUGAUCCUUUGACUGCCACUCGCCGCAUUGCUCCUCAUUGCCCUUCUGAGUAUUGGGAAGGAGGGGACGGGGAUUUCUAUUGCCAUAUGUACUUUAUCCGUGGUAGCAUUCAUCAUCUAUUCUUUGAUAGAUCACCGCACCAUGACCAAGACAACAAUGUACCCAGUUUCGUCUAUCCUAAUUUAGAAAGUAAAGGGUUCAAGACCACUCUUGUUCAGAGAAGCUCUUUAUUCAGGACAGAUUCCUAUGCAUAAGUACCCUUCUUACCUGCUUACUUAGCGAUGCUCGUCCAAGCAUCGCGUUUCCUCUUCAGUGGCCG